CAAAGCUUAACAUUGAAAUUUGUGAUUUCAAAUGAUUAAGUUAAAUUCAGAUAGGCAUGUUAUGUGCUCUCUAACACAAACAUAAAAUGUGUUGUUAUUGCUGUAGACCUUUUAACAGAUCUAGGAGCAGUUGACCUCCACAGAAUGUUAACAUUAGCCACUAAUAUCUGACUUCAGUACAGUCUAUAGCUGUUUGUUCAUUAAUACUUAUAUGUGGCCUUAAUAUACAGCAUAUGACCUGGUAAAGGAGAGGGGGAUGGGAGGCUGCUCAAUGAUUGGCUGUAGUGUAGGGUGUGUCAUACAAUGUAUCAAAAUUUCAACUGCUGGCUGGAAUUUUCACUCAACUGUACCACUAAUAUGAACCUGUUCUACAGACUCUUGUAGACUACUAUGCACUGAAAAACAGUUAAUGUUACAAAUCAAAGCUUAACAUUGAAAUAUGUGAUUUCAAAUGAUUAAGUUAAAUUCAGAUAGGCAUGUUAUGUGCUCUCUAACACAAACAUAAAAUGUGUUGUUGUUGCUGUAGACCUUUUAACAGAUCUAGUUGACCUCCACAGAAUGUGCACAUUAGCCACUAAUAUCUGACAUCAGUAUAGUUUAUAGAGGUGUAUCUGUCUGUCUGUGUCUUUCAGUUUCUAUUUAGACUACAUCAAAUAUGAAGAAGCUGUGCAGCCACACCAUGUUCAACAUGUUACCUAAUUAGCUAGCUAGCUGACAAUCUGGUUGACCUGUAGCAUAUAAACAUUUGUUGGCACAGAAAGAAAGGGGAUAUGAAAAAUGAUUGAUCAAAUUCCUCCUGCCACUAUCUGACUGGGUUAAUAACUUAAUAUUAAGUUAAUAUGGACCCAUUGUCUUAGACUUGAACUCUUGGACCAAACAGUGGGACUCUGAUUUCAGCCAUAGGGACUUGUGACUCGACUCCUGACUCCAACAUUGGUGACUUUGACUCAACUCAGAGUAGCCAUAGGGUCUUGUGAAUUGACUCUGACUUUUGUGACUCAACUACAACACUACUGCCAUUGCAUGGCUACUACUACUGCUUCAACUACCAAUUCUAGCAAGUUGUACCCCAGGUUGGGUACACUUUUCUGCUGCUCCCUCAAAAGCAUUAAGCAGACAUUUUGAUUAUACCUCCCUCCCCAUAACUCUCUGUUGUUAAUAUCAGUAGGCUGUUUGAGUGGUCUGUGGGCAGGUAAUUCAUCUGAUUGCUGAUGGGUUAGGUUGCUAGAUCGAAUAUUAACCUGCCAUAAGCUACUUUUGUGUCAGCAAGUCUCCCCAGUGAAAAAUGUACAUAUCCACCACUCCAUCUCUCAUGUACAGACCAUUCAAGUAGCUGCACUUAACACCUCACUGAUACUGAUUGUGUAAGCUACAAACCCAAAUUGUCUAAGGAAAUGUGGCUAACAGUAAUAACAUUGCAGACAUAUUCAGAAAUCUGGGCUGAUGGAAUCAUUGUUAUGCAUAUCUACUGGCCAUAAUUUCCGCUUGAGGUCCUGCCCCUCCCCCACUGCAAAGUGCACAAAAGUACCAAACUAUCAAAGGUUUUAUAGGUCAACACAGUCCCCCCCCUCCCCUGUCCUUUGUAUAUUAUUUAUAUAUACUUGUGUUCCCAUAUGUACUUCCUGUAUUGAUUUGUUGUUAAUAAAAAUAUAAUAAUAAUAAAAGAUACACAGUUCCCCCUCCCCCAUGUUGCAGCAUAAAUCUCUGCCCAAGGUUGCCAUGUACACUAUUUUGUGGUUUAUUGAUGUACUUUUAAAACUUUGCGGCAGGUGAAAGGUUUUGGUCGCUAGGUGGAAGUUGUUAUACUACUUCUAUAUUGCAACGUUACCAACAUGGCAUUUUUAAAAAAUCAUUAAUUUCCCUGUAUUCUGCUAAAAUUGUGCUAGUGAAGGUGGGUUUUGAAGUCUGGUUUUGAGCAGACUCCUAGAAAUUUGAAAUUGACCUGGCAAGCCUGUCCCUGCCUGAGCGUGAUCACCACUGAAGUAGCUGUGCAGCACGUGUUUUAAGGAAGAGGAGGAUGGUUGCAGAUGUUUGCAUUCAUGCAAGAAGGUAAGCUAUUAACUAAACUGUUAACCAAUAUUUUAGCUAAAAUUGUAUUUGGUGUAUUGACAAGCAAUGCAUGUUCUCGUUGUCUUUAUUUUUAAUGAAUUAAUGUCAGUCAUGUAUGUCUUUCGGUGGAAUCCAACAUGCAUUGACAUGUCUGAAAGCCGCAUUGUGUCAGAUAUACUGCGUCAUGACAGAUUGAAAUUGGCAGGUUUAUCCAAACAAUUCAUUAAUGCGCAAUUGUUACUUUGCAUGUUUCUACCUUAUAGUUAUUUGUGGCUUGCUAACGGUUAGUGUGCUAGCUAACUGUUAGCGUGCUAGCUAACGGUUAGCGUGCUAGCUAACGGUUAGCAUGCUACCCAUGCUAGUUAAAAAAUAAUAAUAUGCUAGCUAUGGUUGCAAGCUAGCUAAUAAGUUUAGCAUAAUUGGUAAACGUGUCUUUGAUUCAGAAUACAUGAUUGUGGUUAACAAUGUUACAUGCAUUGGAAAAUAAUAUUGCUAUAGUGUAACAAGCUAGCAAGAAAAGCCAGUUCCUUUUCAUCUAUUUUGUCAAGUUAUAAGCCUGUAUGUGUGUUAAAAUAUUUAAACCCCCUCAUUAAAUUCAUGUAUUGAAGUUGCGCCCGUUUUUUAUAGCCCUUUCUUACCCAAAUACCGUUUUUUACAUUGAAAUAAUUCAGAUGAAAAUAAGAAAUAUGUUAAACUAAUUAAGAAAUAAGUGACCAGAUUUUUUUUAUUGAAAACCAUGGACAUUAGUUUGGGUGGGGGGAGGGGCGUGGUGCGGUUCCUAGUUCUUUUUUUUUUUGCACAUAAAAGAGUGAAACACCACAACAAGAAUAAGGGUUGUGGAAAGUGUCAAUUUUGGUAGGACUGUGACAAUUCACUGUCUUGAAAAAUACAUACAUACAAUACAUACAUAUAUUGGCAGAUUCUUUAACCAAAUCCCUAUUUCUUACACAGAUUUUUUAAGAUCUAAAACAUAAUGGAAGAUAAGAGUCCAGGAACCUACAAAGUAACCAAUGCGGCACUGCAGAGGCUAAGAAGGCGCAUGUAAAAUCUAAAGAAGCAUAGUUCAACUUGUGAGGCCAGAUUUGAAAAGGAAAAGAUAAAUCCCGAAGCGCAGAUGUCAGACACCGAGGCUGCCAGUACCUCUGAGGCUGCCAGUACCUCUGAGGCUGCCAGUACCUCUGAGGCUGCCAGUACCUCUGAGGCUGCCAGUACUUCUGGGUCGAUAGUCAAUGUGUUGGAUGAUGCACCACCGUUGAUCAGAACAGACAGUAUAUACUUGACCAAAGCUAUGCUUGGAUACAAGACUGAUGACUCAAUAACCAGCAUUGGCAACAGUGUAGAUGGUUAUGUCCCAGGAUCAUCAGAGGAAGGCAAUUUUUAUGAAGAAAAUCUGACAGGAGAGAUGUCAGUGAUUCGGGCCAAAAAGCCAAUGACCAAGGGAAAGCUGGGGCAAAAGAGAGACUCACACGGAGAGAUGUCAGCGAUUCGGGCCAAACAGCCAAUGACCAAGGGAAAGCUGGGACAAAGGAGAGGCUCACACAGUGCCAAAGGAACAAAAAGGUUUUGGUCGACAAUAGAGGUGGAUGCAGUUGAAGAUUCCUUGAUGAAUUUUAUCCGAAUGGGAAAAAGGCCUGGAAAACAAGACUGUGAGAAAUGCAUUGCUGCUUCUCCCCAAGCGCUAGUAAACAGGGACUGGAGAGCAGUAAAGUUCUAUGUACACAACAAAAUAGUUGCAGAUCAGAGAUAAUAAGUGUAUAAGAUGCUUCUAUCUUGGUGUACCUCUGAGGAUUUAAUGGGACUUACUUGACUUAAGCUCAUAGGCAGUUGAUGAAUGUCCUCCAUCUCACUCUGUUUGGGGGAAGUUUUCCCAGGUGGGUUGUUCACUUUUGGAGUGACUAAGGUCUCAAGAAUACAAAGCCUGCUGACUUUGAAUGUUACAGAAAAAUAAAAUACAUUUUUCUAAACUA